GCAAGAUCUGAGUUGGGUAUUUCCAACUUGGACUUUCACUUCUACUAACUGGGUGGGUUGGCCUUCCCCCUGAACGAAUCAAAUUCUUCUUCAGCAUCAGUUUGAAGGGCUGGUCUGGGUGUAUCAGGGUCAGAGAACCCAGGGCAGCAGAGGAAGUCAGACUAGCAGCAGCUGAAGUCUCUGUGAGGGGUGAACCAGCUGCAAACACCAUGGAGGACCAGAGAGACCUCAUCUCCAACCACGAGCAGCAGCCCAUGCUGGGAGGAAGCGCCGGAGGACAACAACGGUCCUGUAACCAGGGAGCCUUUUACACUGGCUUCUCUGUGCUGAUGGCCUUGCUCAUUGCUGGCCAAGGUGCGACCAUCUACUUUGUGUACCAGCAGCAGGGGAGGUUGGACAAGCUUACUGUCACUUCUCAAAAUCUACAGCUGGAGUCCCUGAAGAUGAAGCUCCCUAAGCCUUCCAUCCCAAUGAGCAAACUCCGAAUGGCUGCACCCCUGCUCAUGAGGGAACUGGAGCCCGAGACCCUCCCAUCUAUGGACUUGACCAAGAUUGGAAAUAAUACCGAGGACCAAGUGAAGUACCUGUUACUGCAAUCUGACCCCAGAAGGUCUUUCCCUGAGCUGACCAAGAGCUUUCAGGAGAACAUGAAACAACUCAAGAAAAACAUGGAAAGCAAGAACUGGAAGAAUUUUGAGAACUGGAUGCACCAGUGGCUUCUGUUUGAGAUGAGCAAGAAGCCCAAUGAAGAGAAGUUUGAAGAAAAGAUCGAGCCUUCUCAGAAAGUUCUGACCAAGUGCCAGCUUGAGGCCAGCUGUGUUCCUCCCGUCCACCCGGGCAAGUUCUGCCCCAAGUGCGACGAGAAUGGCAACUAUGAGCCCCUUCAGUGCCAUGGCAGCACUGGCUUUUGCUGGUGUGUCUACGCCAAUGGCACCGAGGUCCCCCACACCAAGAGCCGUGAUCGCCAUGACUGCCAUGGUCCCCUGGAUACUGAAGAGCUGAUUUCUUCUGGACUGGGUCUUCCUAAGCAGCAAUGAUCUAAGAGAAAUAAGAACUGCAAGGGCUAAUCAAACAGUCCCAGACCUGCAAAGUGUGUGGCUACCACUAGAAUGCUGAUCUGUUUACCCAACUCCAGGAUCCAUCCAUCUGUCCAUCCCUUCCUUGUCUUCUUCCCCUGACCCACUCAGCCAGAAACCCCAAAUCCCACUUUCUCUGGGGCCCAGGUUAGAUCCUCAACUUGAUACUCAAGAUUGAACCACCUGCCUACGAACAAGAGUUCAGGACAAAUCGACCUGCUCCCUUGACCCAUGACGGGGAAGUGAAUCCCCCUCUCCCCCCAUCCCCGCCCUCCAGAGCAGGUACCAAAUAAUCUACAUUUUGGGUUUCAGGGGAGAUGUCAUCAAGUCAAACAGAUCAACUUCCCUUCUCCUGCCCAAGGCCCUCCCUUCUUCCUUCCACAACCUAUUCCUGUUUCUCUGUAGCAGUGCCUGGCAACACCACGCUUCUUAAUCACAUUAACUGGGGAAAGGUGGGGAAGGGGGCGGACGUGUGGGCAAAUUUCUUUCCUUUUUCUUGAGUAUUACUGUCUAGCUUAUGCAUCUCCUUCACCCUUGUAAGAAAGGUAUUUUCAUUUGCUAUCUCAUCUGCUUGUAAGAAACAGAAGUUUCACAUUAAAAUAAGGUAGGAAACGGAAA